AUGGAGGACGACCCGGGCGAGAUGGAGGCGAUCGCCAUCCAGUCGCAGAUCACGGAGCUCAACCGGCUCCUCUUUACGACAUCCGACGAGCACAAGCGCAGGGCCCUCGAGCAGCAAAUCGCCGCACUCGAAGAAGACCAAAUCACGCUGCGCAAGGCGAUCCAAGACGAGCGAGAAAUACGCGCCGCCGCACGCUUCACGACUGUACGACCCGCGAGCGCGCGGCCUCGGCGCACGACGCUCAAGCCUGUCCAAGAGGACAAUGAAGUGCCGGCGUCGCAGCUCACGGCGGAGCUCGCGCGGCGUCACUUUAUCAACGUCAUCCACCUCAAGACGGAGCUCGUGCGCGAUGUCGUGACGCCGUCCCAGAACCAAAACUCGGGCAUGUACCCGCAGCUGCUGCAGCUCACGAUGCGCGAGACCGUGUACAUUGCGUCCAUUGAAGUCACGAGCGCGUUCGUCAAAGAAAUGCGCGUCCACUGCACGCACAGCCGGUCCGUUGUCAACCCGGACCCAAUCACGGUGACACUGCCGCCGCCGGCCGACGGCGAAGUCGAGCGCGUGUCGCAUAAAUUCAAGUUUGAAGGCGACGCGAUCGAAGCCAUCGACAUUCGAAUACUCAGCGGAUACGAGGCCUUUUGCUUUGUGCACGUCGUCAAGGUCAAGAUCGACGACAACGUCGAGCGAAAAAACAGCUCGUAG